AUGUCAGAAAGUUCUUCAGGUGUGAACACGCUCACUGGCAGUUUUCCCAAAUCCCACUCCUCCCAGUGCUCCGACCUCCGGGUUACACGAACACCUCUCUCUGUGGACCAGAGUCCCGAUUCUGGACUUGUAGCUACACCUCUUCCCUCGAGUCGUUUCCGCUUCGUGUCUUGGCAUCGCCUGGAGCAGUGUGAUGUAACGGGCGACCAGCUGACCUGCCCCAGGGAGUUAAAUCUGUCCUACCAGAAUUUGGGUGACCCGUUCCAAAAAGAGAAUUUCCUCCGGAUCCUCCGCCGGUUGAUCCGUGUGGAGAAUCUACAACUGGUUGACAACUCCCUCACCAACCUGAGUUCUGUACGUCUGCCAAGGUGCAGAAUGCUCAACCUGCAGCGUAACCACCUGCUGUGUUUGCGUCAGCUGCCAAAGCUCCCCGCCGUGGAGCACCUCUCUCUGUCUGAGAACGCCAUCGGCUCCCUGGGGGGUCUGGGGGCUCUGGGGAUCGGCCCUCUGCGCUCCCUCAACCUGAGCCGCAACCCUGUGACCUUCACUCAGGACUACCGUGCACGUGUUUUCCUCUGUUUGCCAAAGCUUGAGAUCCUCGAUGGGAUCCCAAAGCUGCCAGAAGACUCUCUGCCCACCAGACUACAGUUCCCAGAAACCACCAGGAUGUGCAACAUUUUAUGACCCUGGCAGCAAUGAACAGGCUUCAGCAAAGAACUCUUCAACACACACAUUGUGUCUCUACAGUUGCCGAAAAACACUGACAAAGCCGACAAUAGAACUGUAUUGUGUACGUGCUCCAAGGCCAUGCAAAACCCUUUUAUAUGCAGUACCAAUUAUACAUAGUAUUAUUUAUCUUUGUUAAUGAUA